AUGUGGUUCGCGGUGAUAAUUUACGACUGUUUUUGAAUUCAUUUAAAACAGACAGCAAAAGGAUGCUGGAUAGAGUUGCAAAGAGUUGAUGGGAAUUGCAAGUGUCCAGUGAAGAUGUCAGAGGCUUUUAUGGCUCUGCGUCCUAAGGUGGCAAGGAAUUGGUUGGUACGUGGUCAACCUGGACAACCUUUAACGAAUUUUCAAUUUGGAGAUGGAAAACGGAUCAUUUUAAGAUUUAUGUCAGACCUAAUCUUUUGUAGAAUGCUAAUGUUUUUUUUUUUUAGGUCACCAUCCGAAAAUGGCUGGGGUUGUGGGACAUUCCUUUAUUUUCUGGGCUCAGAGGAGAGCGGAAAUAAGGAGAUGUGGAGGAAACCUUGGGUUUGAAAAUGACAAAGUUGAUAUUUUUUGGUUAGGACUUCGGGGCUUGGAAAUUUGUCAAAUGGAGAGUAUUCUGUUUGAACAUGUGAAUAUUUUUCCAUGGCCAAAUGUGAUCAUUAUCCAUUGUGGUGACAACAACUUGGGGUUAAAUCUGUUGAGCUGUUGCUGCUCUUAUUUCUUAGUCUAUUUUAGUGAGGCUGUAAUUAUAUCGUCUGAAAUGGUUCACAGGCUUAUUUCGCUCAAAAGGCCAGAAUUUAGAACGCUAGAUAGGGUUAGGUGUAAGCUAAAUAGGUCUAUGCAGAGAGUUAUGGCUCUGGAAGGGGGGGGGUUAAGUUUAAAGCAUGUGGACCUAGAAGGUGACUGUGAAGGUCUUUAGAAAAGUAAUGGAAUACAUUUGUCAGACAUCGGUUAUGAUAUUUUCAAUUUGAAUCUGCAAAGUAUGGUGGAGCAGGACAUGGUUUGUAUGGGAUGGACCACAAAUGGUUGUUGUUUAGUUGGCUUUAGGGCGGAUGGCCUGGGACUAGUUUAAAGUUUGGUUUGGGACAAGAGUGUUUAUGUGGUUACAAUUUGUUUAUGUUCAUAAGUAAUAAGUUGAUUUGUAAUAUUUUAUAACGCUAAAUAAAAGACCACGCCGUGUUUUAUACAAAUUGAAUUUAUUAUUCAAAUGAUGUAUUUGUUUUAUGAGCAUUAACUGUUUUGCAGGUGGUGCUUGGCAGUGAUUUCUACCAUCUAUCUCAUCGUGGCAUUCAAAGGAAAUCCUUCAGCCCUCACUGGGGUAGAAACAUUCAACUGGAAAAAGAACCCAAGGUUAGCUGGUUUGAGCAGCAGACGCUGAAGAGAAGGGAGAAAAGACAGCCUGAUAUGGUUCCCACAGACCCCCUCUUCAGCUUGCAGUGGUACCUGCAUAAGGAUGAAAAUCUUGACUUAGGCAUCCAGACUGCUUGGAACCGUGGAUAUACCGGACGAGGUGUGGUGGUGACCGUUCUGGAUGAUGGGCUUGAAAAGGACCACCCCGAUCUCGCAUUAAACUAUGAUCCGGAGGCGAGUUACGAUUUUAAUGACAAUGAUCCUGACCCUCAGCCCCGAUAUAACCCAUCUAAUGAGGACCACGGGACCCGCUGUGCAGGCGAGGUGGCUGCGGUUGCCAAUAAUGGCAUCUGCGGCGCUGGAGUAGCAUACAACGCUAGAAUAGGAGGUGUGCGAAUGCUGGAUGGGAUAGACACAGACAUUGUUGAAGCUCAGUCGUUGAGUUUGAACCCACAGCAUAUUGACAUUUAUAGCGCCAGCUGGGGUCCCUCUGAUGAUGGAAAGGUACUGGAUGGACCAGGAGUGUUGUCUUCUGAGGCUUUUUAAAAAGGAAUAUUAAAUGGCCGCGGUGGCUUUGGAUCUGUCAAAGCAUCUGGAAACGGUGGCAGGAAUAAUGACCACUGCAACAGUGACGGCUACUCCAACAGUAUUUACACUAUUGCUGUUGGGGGUGUCACAAAACGUGGAACGGUCCCUUGGUACAGUGAGGCGUGUGCAUGCAAACUUACAAGCACUUACAGCAGCGGUGGUGGUCAGGAAGGGACUUUUAUCACCACUGAUAUACGCCACACGUGUACAGAUCAACACACCGGGACUUUAGCCGCCGCUCCACUUGCUGCCAGGAUCCUUGCUUUGGCAUUGGAGGCAAACCCAGCUCUUACAUGGAGGGAUGUACAACAUCUCGUGGUUAGAGCGUCCAGUCCUGCCCACCUAAUGGCUGACGAUUGGGUCAUAAAUGGAGUGGGAAGAAAAGUGAGCCACUAUUUCGGCUACGGACUCUUGCAUGCUGGACGAGUAGUGGAGCUGGCCGAAACAUGGGAGACAACGCAGCCUCAAAGAAAGUGCCUCAUAACAAUUGUGAGCACCCCCAAAAAAGCGUAUUCAGAUCUGAUUUUGACUUACAAUGUCACUGCCUGUUCUGGGAAAAAAGCAACUCAUGCUUAAGAGCUGCCUUUCCAAGUGUAGACUUUCGGAACACCUCAUCCAUUCUGGUCCCUCAAUCUAUGUCAAUGGCGGUGAUAAUGAGUGUGGCUAUUGUAGCGGUUAUGGGCAUGCUGGUUUUAGUUCAGUCAUUUCUACUAAAAAGAUUCAGUUGACCUGUUUUUGACAUGUAAAUAGAGUUUCAUUAAAUGUUUAGCAAAAUAA